UGUCUCCUUCAAGACAAAUCAACUUGCCAUGUCUGCUCUAACCCUAAACAGCUUCUCCGCUGAUCUAUCCCUAAAUCCAUGGCCAAGGCUCCCAGAACAACCGCCCUCCAUUCCCCGAGGAGAUCCACCAACUCUCCUUGUUUCAAUUCCAAGUCCACGCUCACUCCUUCAACUCCGGCAACUUCCACUCCCGGUCGUCGACGCUCGACUCGCCGGACUUCUCUCAACAUCGAUUCUGAAAUUCAAACUCCACUGAAGGGUAUUGAUAUUGAUGAGAGGCCCAUCCAUAGUUCAGCGAAGAAAACUCCAAGAAAUUUGAGAAAUGGGGAGGGAGCCGCCGAUGGAAAGACAAUUCGGAAGUCCCUUGAUUAUCCUGAAGAUUCCAUUAGAGGGAAGAGGAAUCGAAACGUUGUAGUUCCCGAAACCCCAGAUGUGAAAAAAGCCCUGAACUCUGAGAAAAAGAGCGAGAAACGUACUCGCAAAGAGGGGAAAAAUCCAACUCAUGUGGAAGAAGUUUUGUUAUCUCCGGCAUCGCCAGAGCAGCCGGAAUCAAGAAAGAGGAAAGUGGGGAAUGGAAGAACGGUGAUUACUAGAGCUACGCAUUCAAAAGAUAAGAAAUUUGGAAGGAAGAAGGGUGGGGCAUUAUCGAAUAAACGAGUUUAUUACAAGAAGGUUGUGUAUGAUGGGGGUGAAUUUGAGGUGGGGGAUGAUGUGUAUGUCAGGAGGAGAGAGGAUGCGAGUUCAGACGAUGACGACCCUGAAGUGGAGGAGUGCAGGGUGUGCUUUAAGUCGGGGAGGGCAGUGAUGAUCGAGUGUGAUGAUUGUUUAGGUGGGUUCCAUUUGAAAUGUCUGAAGCCGCCAUUGAAGGAGGUUCCAGAAGAAGAUUGGAUAUGUGGGUUCUGCCAGGCUCGCAAGAUGGGCAAAGAGGUUAUGCUUCCAAGGCCCCCCAAAGGAAAGAAACUGGCCAGAACAAUGAGAGAUAAACUUCUUUCUAGUGAUUUGUGGGCUGCUUGUAUUGAAAGUUUAUGGAAAGAAGCGAAUGGUAGCUACUGGUGUCGAGUACGUUGGUAUAUAAUCCCUGAAGAGACCGCUUCUGGAAGACAACCUCAUAAUCUGAGGAGAGAGCUUUAUCGCACGAACGAUUUGGCUGAUAUUGAGAUGGAAUGUGUGCUUCGACAUUGUUCUGUCAAGAACCCUAAAGAAUAUGUGAAGGCCUGUGAUGAAGGGGAUGACGUGUAUCUAUGUGAAUAUGAAUAUGACAUACGCUGGCACAGUUUCAAGCGGCUUGCUGAAAUUGAUGACAGUGAAGAGGAUGAAGAGUCAGAAAGUGAUCAAGAUUGGAAAGUUUGCAAGGAUGUAGACUCUAACACAGAAGAUGACAUGUACUAUGAAGAAGAGAACGUUCAAAAUAUACCAGAAAAAUCAUAUUCAGCUCAUGUGAAGGCUGCUAACUCUCGAAAGGGGCAGUUCUUUGGACUUGAAAAGAUAGGGAUGAAGAAAAUCCCAGAACAUGUAAGAUGUCAUAAACAGACUGACCUUGAAAGAGCGAAGGCAGCACUUCUUUUGGCAUCAAUGCCAAAGUCUCUUCCUUGCAGGAAUAAGGAAAUGGAGGAGAUAUCUUCCUUUAUUAAAGGUGCCAUAUGUGAUGAUCAAUGUCUGGGUCGUUGCCUCUACAUUCAUGGUGUUCCUGGAACUGGCAAGACAAUGAGUGUAUUGGCAGUACUGCGGAGUCUAAGAUCUGAAGUAGAUGCAGGAAGCAUAAAACCUUAUUGCUUUGUGGAGAUUAACGGUCUAAAAUUGGCAUCACCAGAAAAUAUUUAUAGGGUUAUAUAUGAAGCAUUAACCGGGCACAGGGUUGGUUGGAAAAAGGCUCUCCAAUUGCUAAAUGAACGAUUUUCAGAAGGGAAAAGGUUUGGCAAAGAGGAUGAGCGACCUUGUAUUCUUCUGAUUGAUGAACUAGAUCUUCUUGUCACCAGGAAUCAGUCGGUUCUUUACAACAUUCUAGACUGGCCCACUAAAGCACAUUCCAAAUUGAUUGUGAUAGGCAUAGCAAAUACAAUGGAUCUUCCAGAAAAGUUGCUUCCUCGUAUUUCAAGCCGUAUGGGAAUUCAAAGGCUUUGUUUUGGUCCAUAUAACUAUCAGCAACUUCAAGAAAUUAUUUUGAGUCGCCUGAAAGGAAUUGAGGCAUUUGAAAAACAAGCUAUUGAAUUUGCUUCAAGGAAGGUAGCUGCUGUUUCAGGAGAUGCUCGUCGCGCUUUGGAAAUUUGCAGGCGUGCAGCAGAACUCACAGAUUACCAUUUAAAGAAACUAAGCACAAACCCCAUUAAUAUUUCUGAAGGAAAAUCACUUGUUGGCAUGAGAGAAGUUGAAGCAGCCAUUCAAGAGAUGUUUCAGGCACCUCAUAUUCAAGUGAUGAAAAGUUGUUCCAAAUUGAGUAAAAUUUUCUUGACUGCUAUGGUGUAUGAACUUUAUAAAACAGGAAUGGGUGAAACCACCUUUGAAAAGCUGGCAAUGGCUGUCUCGUGUCUGUGUACAAGCAAUGGAGAAGCAUUCCCUGGACAUGACAUACUCUUGAGAGUCGGGUGCAAGCUUGGUGAAUGGAGGAUUGUUUUAUGCGAGUCUGGUACUAAGCACAAGUUGCAAAAAUUGCAGCUCAACUUUCCAAGUGAUGAUGUAGCAUUUGCACUCAAGGACAGUAAGGAGCUACCUUGGCUGGCUAAGUAUCUUUGAUUCAAAUGGAAAAGAAAAAAUCUUUAGAUUAGUAGACAAAUCAAAUUACUUUCUCACUUGGAGCAACAAUUUUGGAGUUAUUAUCGUUAUCAGUUUUAAUUUUACUGUUGUUGUUGUUGUUGUUGUCGUUGUUGUUAAACCUAUGUAUUUUCCAUACAUAUAAAACACUGACAUUCUUAAAUUUUGCUAUUUUUUUAUUUAUUUGAAGAUACAGUCAGAGAACUGUUAAAGCAU